AUGACAGAGGCGAAUACGACCACUAAGAGGGCAAGACGAUGUGGUACCAAGACUAGAACAGGUUGCAAAACGUGCAAGAUCCGCCAUAUUAAAUGCGACGAGGCCAAGCCUUGGUGUCAAAAAUGUACGAGCACAGGGAGGAAAUGCGACGGGUACAUAAUUCCUGGAGCUGAAGAUCGUGGGAUCUUGAAUUCAGAUGGCAAAACCAGCGCAAUAACCCUCCCACGAGCAGUCUCACGGCUACCAGGGAACCCACAAGAAAGACGCGGAUUCCACUACUUCAUCAACCAGACCUCACCAGAGCUCAACGGGUUCUUUACUACGGGCUUCUGGGAGCGUCUCGUCCUGCAAGCAAGCCAUGUUGAACCAUCGCUGCGGCAUACCGUCGUGGCCAUUGGCGCUCUACAUGAAGAAUUCUCGCAAACCCCCACGGAUGGAAGGUUAGCACAGGUCGUAGGAGGCCGCCUUCCCUUCGCGGUGAAGCAAUAUACCAAAGCGAUUGGCCAUCUACGGCGCUCUCUCGCCACGGGCGACCAUGACCCCCUGACUGCUCUGAUGUCCUGUAUUCUGUUCGUGUGCUUUGACUGCCUGCGAGGUUAUUAUCAUACCGCGAUGGUACAUCUGAAGAGCGGGAUGAAGAUUUUGCGGGACCUGAGAGCCCAGAGCAAGGAGCGGGAUCCCACGAUUGAAAAUAUCAUUGCGCCGCUUCUUGUGCGGCUUAGUGUGCAGUCAAUACUAUAUGUUGAUACGAGUCAACCCGAGCAAAGGAAGAGAUUCGCAACGGAGCUCAGACCUGUGAUUCUAAGUGCGGAGACGGUUCCCGAAGUGUUCGACAGCUUGGACGAGGCGCGGGCCAGCAUGAAUGAAUGCGCUGAUGGGUUAUUCAAAACAUUUUACAUAUCCGAGGCCCAUCUCGCGGCCACCGAACAAUCGGACUGCACGUUAGAACACCUUAAACGAUACGCCUUAAUGCUCUCCCAAUGGAAUGUCACCUUCGAGAAAUUCAUGAACGCCAAAAGCCAAUCCUUCUCCAGUAGAGAAAUUCGCGGCGCAGCACUUCUCAAAGUCCACCAUAUAGCAUCAUCCAUUAUGUCCACCAUCGUCCCAGGACCAGAGGAUAUGCGCCCAAUUUGUCAAGCGGUAAACUGCCCAACUGCCUUCGUGAAAUUUAGUGCUGAAUUCCGGAUCAUCAUCAACCUCUGCACAUCGCUGAUCACAGCCGUGGAAGAAGAUGCCAAAAAUGGAAAACCACCGCUCACAUUUUCUACCGAUCUCGGCCUCAUCGCACCGUUAUAUUACACAGCCAUGAAACCUGCAUGUCCAAUGCUGCGGCAAGAUGCACUAGCGCUGCUCAAGCGCUGUCCACGGAAAGAAGGGAUGUGGGAUAGCUUCGUAGCCGUGAAGCUGGUUACUCAAUACUGGCAGAUAGAAGACCAAGAGCGGGAUCGUCGAGAAGCGGUGAUGGGUGAGACCGGCAUUUGUGUCCCGCAAGCCAAGCUUGCGGAUCUGGCGUUCUUUGAGGGGAACAGUUGGGAGUGGGUUUGGCCGAAUACCAGCGAGAUUACCCCUGCGGCUUUAGUGCUAAAUAGCGGAGGUUUGAUUGAGAAUAGAGCGCUCGAUAAUGUAGAGGCGCAUAAGAAUAUUAAUGCAUUUGAUGAGUUUGGGGCGUUUGAGGGACGGGGACUGGGGUUUGAUAUUAUGGAGUCCCAGGGUGACGAUGGCUUGUUCGAAUGA